UUUUUAGCCUUAUUGGCAAAAUGUGUAAUUGGCAAAAUAUGGGGAGACAACGGGAUUUUAUGUUUCUCUUGGGGGGUUUAUUGUUGGUCACUUUCGUAGCAAUUUGUAAGAUAAUCGUUUAAUGUCGAGAUGCAUAGCGCUUUUUAACAUCAUUUUUUUGUUUGUAACACUUUAACCAUUUGUUUUUUUGUUGCUUUUUAGUCUUUCAAUGAUUGUUAAACACGUUUUGCUAAAUUGUCGUUUUUUCGUUUCAAAAUCUAGUAAUAAAAGAAGAUUUUUACUUCCAAUCAAACAACAAUUAGCUUUAUUCUCUUCUUCAAAAUUUCCACAAAUGUCGUCUUCUUCUAUUGAUAUCAAUCCAAAAUGUUACCCUUUGGUUGAAAGAGGAAAUGUUGUUGAUGAUUACCAUGGAAAGAAGAUUCCGGAUCCGUAUAGAGCGCUAGAAGAGCCGGACGCUGAAAUCACAAAAGAUUUUGUUCAGAAGAUUAAUUCAAUAUCAGAGCCUUUCUUUCAAGCGUGUUCUUGCAGAGAAGUUUUCAGAGAACGUUUGACUUCAACUUGGGACUAUGAAAAGUUUGGUUGCCCAUCGAUUCAUGGCGAUUAUUAUUAUUACUUUUACAAUUCUGGUCUUCAAAAUCAUUAUGUUUUGUAUCAACAAAAAACUUUGGAUGAAAAAGGAAAAGUCUUUAUGGAUCCAAACACAUGGUCAGAGGAUGGUACAACUUCUCUAUCUCUCACUUCUUGGACUGAAGACGGAACACUACUCGCCUAUGGUGUUAGUGAAAAAGGAAGUGAUUGGAAAACCAUUAAAUUCAGAAAAUGUACGGGAGAAGAAUUGGCUGAUGUGAUUCCUGGUGUUAAAUUUUCUGGUUUGUCUUGGUUGCACGACAACUCUGGUGUAUUUUAUUCGAAAUAUCCUGAAGUUAAAACUACGGCCGAAGGCAGUUCAACGGAAAAAUAUGAGUACCAUUCUCUAUAUUUCCAUCGCCUUGGAACCGAUUCAAAAGAAGACGUUUUGGUUUAUGAACGUCGAGAUGAUCCUAGUUAUUUUAUUGAUGUUUUGGUUUAUGAACGUCGAGAUGAUCCUGGUUAUUUUAUUAAUGCUUGGGUUUCUGACGAUGGAAAAUUUCUUUUUAUAACUUUUACUUGGGACGUGAUUAUUGAGGAAGAUCCAAAAAGAAAAUUAGAUUGGGCUAUGGUGGUAGAUGGAAAUAAAUUGCUUGUUUAUUAUAUGGAAGAUGUUAAGUUGCCGUGGUCGCACGCUCUUCGCACUGAAGCUUCUGAAUGA